AUGUUCCCGAGGUGGGAGGCGCAGGCGCCGCUGCUCCUGGAGCAGGGGCCAGGGGCACUCCUCGAGCGCACCGCCGUGGAGUACAAGUACGCCAUCCUGCGCGAGGACGCGGCGGGGGGCUGGGACGCCCGCUGGGAGGACCUGGGCGCGGACGAGGACGGCGAGGAGCUGGUCCUGCUGCCCGACCCGGACCUGGGCGAGCCCGGGCCGGGCCGGGCCCCCGACUCGCACCCGCCGAUGGCCGCGGCGGCGCCCGCGGGCCCUGCAACCGCAGGCUCCCCCUCGCUGGGGACCUCGUGGCCUUCCGCGCGGAGCGCUUCGGCGAGGCCCGGCCCGCCGCCGCGGCGAGCUGGCCCGUGGGCCCCGACUGGGGCCCGGGCGUGGCGGGAGGCGGCGCGGCGCUGGGCGGCGCGUGCGCCCGGGGCGCCUCCGGCACGCUGCGCGACCUGA